AUGCCAGGAGUGAAUGUCACCGCAUCCGGUACUUGUAUGACCUCGUCUUCCAGUCCACGUCCAACGUCUUCGGCCUUGACUUUUAGCGAAUCAGAUGCAGAAUUUGAGCGUGGAUUGAACUCGUACGACGCACCAGCCGUGGUCGAGGCUUUGCAUCAAUAUCUGGCGUCGGAGACCCAAGCGAGUCUCUCCUCGGGCUCUGCAGCUAAGCGACAGUCGACGCAACUCCGUAGCGUUUUCUAUGAACGCUUUAGUCAGAUUCUAGACCGUGUGUUUGGCAACGACGCUAUUUCCAAGCAGAAAUAUGGCGGUUGGCUCGACUACAGCGCUGGAUUGGGCGUGGCGCCGGCUCCAGGCUCAGCCGCAGCUCAAGCAGCCAAGAAACGGACAGAGCAACGACAUGAACGGACGUUGGCAGGCGUUGCAACGGACGAAGACGAUGUGGAGGACCUUCUCACGUCCUUGACAACCAGUGGUCGAGCCAUUGUCAAGUUGUUGGGUGGUGGAGUACGUACCGAGAAUGGAUCGGUCUUCCAGUUUCUCUUUCGCAUACAGCAUCCUGUGGAGUUUAAGCUUGCUUUGGAUAUGCUGCCAGAACAGAGCAAAAUGUCGAUUGUUAGUGGCCGAGGAGCAAGUUUGCUGUUUACGCAGCUGCUGCAUAAACCGCUGGCCAAACAGCGACUGGAUUUACGCACUCCAGAGCUUCUCGUGUCUAUUACAGAGCUCUAUUUGUUCUACUUUUUGAGACAUCCAGCAUCAUCGUCGCAUCCAAGUGCGAGCGCCUCUGCGUCGACAGCUAAGACUGGCAUGGCCGCGUCGGCGUCAUCUUUUUUGUCUGCUGCAGCCAAGGUGCGACAGUCCAGUUGGCGCAUGUAUGGCAAGGAGGGCGUUGCUGCGUUGACAAGAGGUAACCCGUAUAAUGUACUGCUGCUGCAAUAUCUACGGGCUUUCUUGCCUGAUAGCAAUCGAGGUGUCAAGAGUCGCUUCCAUGGCAAGUUAUUGAAAGACUCGAACCUCUUCCUUCACAUUCUGAUCGAGUUUUGGCUGCGACAGAAUCUCAUUUCAUUCUCGGACGAGCCAGUGGGAGCGUCGACUGCAACUGCUGGCGUCUUUUCUUCACCACCUCCGGGCAACAUGCUGGUUAGCCCAUUUGCUUCAGUGUACACGUCGACCAGUUAUAUGGCGCCGUCGGAUGACUUGCUGAGCUCGCUGCUGCUCACGAUCAUUUACUUGCUAUCUGACUCCUUCUUUCCGGCUCCUUUGGCGGAAGAUUCGACGAUAAGGUCUCAAGGCGGUGCUGCAGGUAUGGUUGUAGGCAGUGGAGGCGUCUACUUGAGUCGUAGCGUCAAUAUGCUGCGGCCUCCACUGUACGCUUUCUUUCGCCUUGUCUUUUCUCGUGCUCCUAUCGGACUCUCACCGACAGCCUUCCUGACCAUCACGGAUGUUUGGCUCGCUUAUAUUCAACCGUGGCAUUGUCUGUGCUGGAUCGAAUCGAGGGACCCCGCGACAGCAGCUUCAGAAACGAGGACAGACGAGGAAACGCUGACAGGAUAUACACCAGCGUGGGAAAGCUAUGUGUUGGCAAAUUACCACUUCUACACAACGCUUUUAGGUGCGUUUGUGGAGCGAGCGAAAGAGCUGGACUUUUCCGCAGGUGACGAGCGGAACCUGCAGAUCAUUGACCGCGUAAUGGGUGUGUUCAACUCGGACUUAUUGGCACUACUGCGCCGGGCAUCGUUUCAUCUUGAAAAGUGCCAACCAUUAGCUAUGCCGUAUAGCUUCAACCGUCGUACUCACAGUGGAAGCUUCAGUGCUUCACCAAAGACUAAACCUACCACCGGCGAUGCACUCACGGCAACUCAAGCACAUGUGCUAACAUUCUACUGUAAGUCUUUAGGCAUCGAAUGCACGCCCGUGCCGCUGCACGAUAGCUUCCAUCGCGAUGCUGAGCGUCUUUUUGACAAAUUAUGGACUGCGGCGGCGGCGUCUGCGUCAACGACGAUGUCCGUUCACUCUCCUGCAGAUUUGUAUCAGAAUGUGAGCGCCGUAUUUCGUGCAUCAAGUACAAAAACCGUUGACAAAGUGGCGGAGCAGGUUCAGCGCUUGAGCCGCAUGUUGCGGCGAGUAUUUGAGAUCUCAGAUGCUUAUGUUGCCUCGACUGCCCACUCGCGCUCAUCGUCUGCUGCUACCGGUGGUGGUCUGGAAUCAUUUGCGCCUAGCCGAGAUAAGAACCUACCACACUUGCUGUCGAGAGAAGGAGUCUUUCAGCUGCAGCAUGGAAUGCGUUUGUGCUCAACAGAUACGGCGGAAUACAUCGGUGAUCCCAUGCUCAGCCCUAUUUGUUCGUACGAGGUGGUGUGGCUCGUGCGGCUAUCUUACAAGGUCUCAACGUGGCUUAACGCGCACUUUGGAUUUGUGAACCCGUAUCAUGGCAAGCGACUCGAGGAUAACCUGGAGGUGGAUCCUGCCAACCCGUUUGUGCGCUUCCGUUUUAACUUUCGCUUCCUCGCUAGCAAGGUGAACCUUAGCUACCUUGGUGCAUUCAUGCUCUUGCUGUAUGUGCUCUACUUCUGGUAA